AUGGACGGAAACGUAUCAGACGACGAAGUACCCAGUCUCGUUCAGCCAGAGACCAACACCAAGCCCAUCCCGCAUCAGGAUGAACAUGUUCCCACCCUUGUGGCUAGCUCAGACGAUGCACCCCAGAGCAAAGUGCCCAUCACCAUCGUCACAGGAUAUCUUGGCGCGGGAAAGACGACCUUGCUCAACUACAUUUUGACUGAGCAGCAUGGCAAGAAGAUUGCCGUCAUCCUGAAUGAGUUUGGUGACUCAAUUGAUAUUGAGAAGCAGCUCACUGUUUCCGAUGCAAACUCCACAUCUGCCCAACCAGCGCCUUUUGUACCCCUAGCGAACGGCUGUAUAUGCUGUUCCGUCAAGGACAUUGGCGUAGCAGCCAUCGAGAAUCUAAUGGAGCAGUCCGGCCUAUUCGACUACAUCCUCCUCGAAACGACUGGCCUAGCAGACCCUGGAAACAUCGCACCCAUGUUCUGGCUCGACGAUGGCUUAGGGAGCAGCAUCUUCCUAGACGGUAUCGUCACACUUGUUGAUGCAAAGAAUGUCUUGAAGAGCUUAGAUGAGGGACUAGGAGAUGAAGAGAAGAUUGAAGAGAGAAAGAAGGAAGCUCAUGACGAACACGGCCCGCUAUUGACAACAGCACACUUGCAGAUUAGUCACGCAGAUGUCAUCAUCGUCAACAAGACCGACUUAGUCUCCGAGCAAGAACUACAACAAGUAACUGAGCGCAUCCGGUCUAUUAACGGACUCGCUCGCAUCAAGACAACAACUAAAAGCCAGGUUCCCCAGCUGGAAGGUUUAGUACUGGACCUUCACGCCUACGACGAAGUCACGGAUGCAGACUUGAAGUUCGCAAGCAAGGGACACAGUCACCUCGAUCCAACAAUCACCACUUCUACUAUCUCUUUUCCUGCCCUGGCACGCGACCAAGUCGACAAAUUCGAUUUGUUCCUCCGCAAUAUUUUAUGGGAGGAGACACUGCCUACUGAAGCUGACCAUAAGCCCUUUGAGAUACACCGCUUGAAGGGUCGUGUUCUAGUCAAGGACGGGAAGAUACUUCUUACGCAGGGUGUAAGGGCUAUUUACGACACGAACGAAUUAGACGCCAAACCGGAUGAUGGGAGUAAAGAGUCAAAAUUAGUGCUGAUUGGGAGAGCUGUGGAUCAGGAGGCCUUUAGACGGAGUUUGAUGGCUACGUUGGGUGACUUUCAUUAA